AAUAUUCCAUAUGGAAUAUUCUGACUUAGCAAGCAAGCAAGAACAAUAGCAAGAACUAGGUUUGAUUUAUGGAGUGCUUCUCAGAAUAUGAUAAAAAGUGGAUGAAGGAAUGCUUGAAAGUGGCAGAAGAGGGAUUACAGAGUGGUGAAGUUCCAGUUGGUUGUAUAAUAAUAUAUGAGGACAGUGUGGUGGGAUACGGACGCAACCAGGUAAACAAUACCAAGAAUGCCACACAGCAUGGAGAAAUAAUUGCUACAAAUCAAGUCAAGCAAUACUGCCAAUUAAAUGGAUUAGACUAUAUGGAUGUUUUUAGGCAAUGCUCCCUUUAUGUGACAGUUGAACCUUGCAUUAUGUGUGCUGCUGCAAUUAGACUUCUUUGCAUACCAAAAGUGGUAUAUGGUUGUGCAAAUGAAAGAUUUGGUGGUUGUGGGUCAAUAUUAAAUGUACACCAUGACGUUUAUGAUGGCAAUAAGAGACCUGCCUGCAAUGGUGAUCAAUUGCCAAGCAAGCCACUUAAUUUAGUUUCAGGAGUCUAUGCUGAACAAGCUGUUAAUUUACUUCAAAGAUUUUAUCUUCAAACAAAUCCCAGUGCUCCUAAACCUGCUACUAAAAAGAGUAUUACCACAGACAGUAUUUUUCAUGACAACCACAGCUAGUAAAUUAUGAAGAGUAUGAAAUUAUUAGCUUUUUUCAACACUACAUGCAAAAUUAAAUGGCUCAAUUGACUUAUUGACAAAAAAAAUAAAAGCGCAAAUUAUUUCACUAGUACUAAAACAUUAGAUAAUAGGAUGAUAAUGAAGCUGAAUGAGGUUUGCCAUUUUAUUUUUUAUUGUUUAAAUUGGAUUCAACAUGACCAAAAUUUACAGCAACACAAGCUUUAACAAAAAGGGCACUUUUGAUCCUUUGAAAAAUUGUGGAGGGGAAAGGCUUGUGCACCUUUUUCUACUCCUCUGGUGACAUAUCCUGAAAAAAGGAUUGAAUGAGAGCUAUGGAUGACUACUAAACAGGAAGGGGGCAGGGCAAUAGCUAAAGGAUCGGUGGGAGCUAUGGGCUACUACUUAACAGGAAGGGGGCAGGGUCAUUGCUAGACUGCUCACUGCUUAAUCGGUUGGGGUUUAUAUUUAUAUAUUCAUGUUUACAUAUGAUAAGAACAAUAGCGAACAAGAGAAAUCAGUCUGCAAUAAGAUGAAUUACAACCCCCAAUUAGGCCCUAGCCUCCUCCACAUGCAUCUCUAUUAAUUAAUUCAAUUUAUAUUACAAUAAUAAUAAAAUAGAAGGAACAUGUUUUGAUUGUUUGGGGGUCGCCUGUCAACGGCUAGGGCGAAAUUAAGGAUAUUUUCAUUGGAGGCAUUUACUGUGUCUAAAAAAUGACUAAAAAAUGACCUGAUUUAAUCUUUCUAAUGUGAUUAAAUUUUGCCCCCAUGCAUGCAUGCAAUGACAAUGUGUUUGGACCACUUCAAGCCAAUGGUUUGAAGUGCAGAGUCAAUGUUUACAAAGGACAACAUUUAUUCCGGUGUAUAUGGAUGAAAGUUCCAGCAAUUUUACCUAUCUUGUUGGCAAGCUGUUUAACCUUAGCAUUAUUCAUGAAUGGAGCAAAAUGGGCGGUGUUGUAUGAUAAAAUAGUGAUCAGGCACAAAAAAGCAAACGCGCUGGUGUACCUAAGAAGGACAAAGCGGGAAAAUACUGCUUUAAGAUAGUCUUAUAACAUUUUUUUACCUUUUAUUGAAAGAUAUAAAAUCUUUUCAUGCCAUAUUGCAAGCCAAGUUGCUGUGAGUGAAAAAAGACUUGUAGGAAUCUUCAAUCCCUAUAGUUACCCAGACCAGACAAACCCAAUGGUUGGAAAUAGACGAUUUUUGUAAACACGACAACAAACUAGGUUUUAACUCUAGAACGACGGGAUUGGUUUUAUUUAGUUCUAAAUAAUUUUGCCUCGGAGCUGAACACCUUAAGGGAAUGCUAAAACUCUUCCUUUUUCACGGGUACGAGAAAAGGCUUUAACGGAAAUAAUGCAAAUAUUGGAGAAAAAGUCAACACUUUCAUUGU